AGUUCGCGGGGACGGAAGGAGGCAGACGCGGGUACACACCAGUCAGGCAGUCACUAGUCAGUAGCGACGCUGCGCCCUCACUCUCUGGGUGUCUCUGGCAGUGUCGGAGGGAGUAAACUAGUAAACACACAUGACACAUACUGAUAUACGUGUGUGUAAUCGACAAUAGCUGGUACUGGUGGUGGGUAUUCUCCAUCAUUCUCCACACGUCAUACACAUAUUUUACCCAGUGUACGUGUAUUUGUUAAAGUAGUUGUGGAUGUGAGGAUCGGCUGUGGCUCGUCGUUGGGUUCCUCGCCGCCAUGCCAGUGGUUAGUGUAGUGAACCAAACGUCAUGAUGUGGCAAUACGUUAGCGCAAGUUAAAAAAAGUAGGUGUCUAAAUGAGAAGACACCGCGCGAAGAUACCGGCCAACUAAAAUAAUCAUGUCCACAUAACCCGUUCGAUAAGCUCUCCUCAAGUUGAGCGAGUGAUUUAAUAUUUAAACUUACGAGCCCACGACCAUCACACCGCCGAUACGACGGACGACCUGAGUGCCGCUGCUGAGUCGCGCGCGCGACCAAGGGAACACAGAGGGGGGGAAAGGCGAGGGAAAUUUACUGACUAAAAAUUCAUUAUUAAUUAUUUAACAAAUAGACAUAUAUACAUAUAAAUAUAUUUAUAUAUCUAAUAUAUAAUAUAUCAUAUAUAUUUUGUUAUUGGUAUAGUAUGUAACUAAGUAGAGUGCUGAUGAAAAAGAUGCCGCGCAAAACAACAUCAACGUUCAAGCCUUGAUGCCUGGUUAAUAUAUAUAUGUUAUAUAUAUUAUUACGUUCGUGUGAAAGACGCGGGUGUGGAAGAAGAUACUGCCCGGACUCUAUGACGACUUGGACACCGCGUCCUCAGGGUUUAAGAUAGAGCUAACACAAGAGUCCCUGCUCCUGGGACACAUCAUCGACACGAUGUUUGACCCAAGUGUGCUAACGGAACUUGAGGAAUUGACGUUAUGUGGUUACUGCAAGCAAAAGUACAAUGACGUGGAGCUGUGUCCAAAAAAUUUAAGCUGCAAGCAUCAGUUUUGCUUGAGAUGUAUCGAAAAUAAUUUAUUGAAGGGCCGAGAUUUGUUCUGUGCACACUGUUGGAAGAGAACAGAGCUUGGCGAUCAAGGACCAGAUUGUCUGCCAACCAAUGGUCCAUUACUUGCCCUAGCCAAUAACUUUGCCUACCUCAAAAUUGCCAGUAACAAUACGCCUUGCAAGCAGAAUGACAAAGAACGAAAGAGUGAGAAUUGUCACACUCAUGGGAUGCCCCUUACUCUGUGGUGCUCAUCGUGCUGCACACUGCUGUGUCGAGCUUGUGCUACGCCCCAUGAACAUCCUGGUCACCAAAUAAAGACGCAAACAGAUGCCAAAGAACAGCUCAUAUCCGACGUUCAACUUGAACUGGUUACGAUGGGAAAAUUGUCGUCGGAGAUCCAGAGAAUGGCGAUGCAGCAGAGAGAAUUUUUGAUAAAAGUUCUCGAAGCUUGCGUGACACUCAAGACACAUGUAGAGACUGAUUUACAGAACGGAUGGACACAUUUUCCAGAGAUAUCUGACGCACGUGAAACACUGGGGAAAGCUAAAGCUAGUCUUCAGGUGAGUGACAGUCCCAAUGAUGUUUACAGUCUUCAUUCCCACUUAGUUAUGGAAAAACAGAGGCUACAAUCAAAGUAUCAAGAGAUGUUGCUGCAAUGCCAGUUGGAUGAUCUGAUAGGCAAUUCGGGAGUUAUAUUCGACUUUGGUCUGCUGAAACAAGCACUCGCGAGCAUCCAUUCCGGGGAACCAAUUUUAUUACAGCCUGCUGGAAAUGGCAGAGUACAAAACCACAUUGCCGCGGCUCAAAAUCCCAUACUCUUCCUUGCAAACUACUGCAUGUCUCAGCUUUACUCCCGUCAUGUUGUCAGCAAACAGCAUAUGCAAAAUGGUUCUAUCGAUUACCAUACAAACAUGAUACCAACUCCAGCACCACCGGGAUCAAUUCAUGUUCAUCCAGUUACAUUGCCACCUCAAGCUCCACCAGCCCAAACCCAGCUGCUUAUUCCACCAGGAUCUCCAUCAGUUAAAUCAGUACAAACAGCUCCGCCAAAUUCAAUUCUCCAAUCGCAGCCAUCCAAUGCUUUUAUGCAAGACAACGGCUCCAGUGGCAGUGGAGUCGGCAGUUUAUCUGUUCACUCGCCAACAAGCAACAGCAGUAUCACUGUUUCGCUACGUGGACCUGCUAAUCCUUAUCCAAUGUAUUACUUUAACAUUGAGGUAAACGGAUCACCACACGGGCGUAUUGUGAUUGAAGUAAGACCCGAUGCAGCUCCAAAAAUGGCGAAAAAUUUCAGCGUACUUGCGACCGGUGAAAUAGGUGUUGGUUACAAAGGAUGCUCGAUAUUCCAAUGCUGGGAAGGCGAAUCUGUUAUCACCGGUGAUUUUGAACUAAACAAUGGCCGUGGUGGACGUAGCAUUUAUGAGGAUGGUUACUUUAUGCCCGACGAUACUAAAUUUCCAGCAGUACGAGGCGCAGUCGGUAUGCGCCGUACUCAAAAACGUCAUGAUAAUCUUGGGAUGGUUGGUUCACAAUUUCGUAUUAUUCUACAAGAAAUGCGCGGCUUUACCGGAAUAUUUGGUCACGUUGUUGAGGGUCUGGAACUCGUCGAAAAAAUAUCAACGUACGGUGAUCAAACCGGCAAGCCCACGAAAACAAUAAUGAUUACCAAGUGCGGUAAAUUGUAACGCACCAAUAAUCCAAUUAUGUGUGAUUUUAAAAAAUGCAAUUUCGACGAUCUCUAUGCGCUUUCAUCGUUCAAAAUUAUUAAAGAAUGAUUAUUAACAUUAUUAUCAUAAUAAUGUGCGAAAAAAAUUAAUCUAUUAUUAUUAUUAUUAUUAUUAUUAUUAUUAUUAUUAUUAUGACAACUACUAUUAUUAUUAAUUAUCAUAAUGAAUCAUGGGAAACUAUUAUUAUUAUUAUUAUUAUUAUUAUUACUGAUGAAAAAAAAAAAAUAUGACCAUCGUUAUACGUAGGCUGCACCUGUUGCGUUUUACGGUGCACCGUUAAGUUUACUGCAAUUAUUUUUAUUAUUAUUAUUAUUACAUAUAUUUACUAUACAAAAUAGAUAUUUAAAAGAUGUUGAAUCUAUUUUUAAAGAGCGAGUAAUAAAAAAAUGAAAUAAUGAUGUUAAUACUGAUAAAUAAAUCCGUAUUUUGCUAUGUAUGACUACUAGUAGUGGGAAGAUAAAAAAAAAAUAUGUUGUAGAGAUAAAGAUAUAGUUUAAAGGGCAUCAACAGAAUGCCGUUUCUACAAUAGAGACGAUGGUUCCACACAUACGUACCUCAUAUCGAUCGUACAAUCGAUACUAAAAACUUCUAGCUAUAUUUAAUAAUUAUAAAUAAUAAAAGUCUUUAUUUUCAACAACGCUCGUCGUUUGUAAUCAUUCAUUUUCUUUCCUUACAUUAAUGGAUACAAAUAUAUAUAUAUUACUAUAUUAUAUAUGUUAUAUAUAAUGACUACCGACACGAAUCUUUAGAUUUUUUAAAGGAAAAAUGAACGCGAUCAGGCGGAUCUUAGUUUUGACGACAUAUUUAGUAAUAAUUAAUUAAUAAAAUUAAUCACGUGUGGAGCAACACAAAUUAUAUUAAUAGAUAUAUAUAUAAAUAAGAAAAUAUAUAUUUUUAGUCAAAGAUUUGUGUGUUUAUGUAUGACGGCAAAGUUAUGGGAUUGCUAUUGAUGCGUACAAAUAAUGCGAAAAAAAAAAAAUGUGUGAUUUUAGCGACUGCAUUUGCUAGGAUUUUUAGAGAAAUAAAAUGCUGGUAUAUAAUUAUGAUAAUAAUAAUAAUAAAUUAGCCAGACAGACGACGUCUUCCUUCUUUUCGUUCGUUGACGAUAAGAAUGAGGAUUUGGUUCGUAAUAUGUUUAUUAUUGUAAUAAAUAAUUAUACUUAGAUAUUAAUUGUGUGAAUAUUAAAUACGAGGCCUAACUACUGCGUAGAACGCAAGGGCGUCUCGUACCUUCCAAUCGAUGAUUAAACAAGUAAAAUCAAUAAAUAAAUUUAAAAAAAAAUACAAAAAAAAAGAAAUAUAUACGAUACAAAUAUAUAUUUAAUAAAUCAUUCCCUAACAGUGUAUAUCAAAAGUAAAAAUAAAAAUACUACGAUAAUGCUUUAGAAUAAUAAUUAUAAAAAUAUAAAAAUAUAAAAAUAUAAAAAAUAUAAAAUGAAAAAAAAAAAAAAAAAAAAAACAAAAAAAAAUUGCUCGUGUAACAUCUUCGUUAGUCCAAUUGUUAUGUAUUAUAUAAAUGUAUAAACAAAUACUCCCACAUGGGAAUGGAUUAUAAGUAACGCGAUGCUAUUUAAAUGGUAUCGAGAAAGUUAGAUGAUAAUGAUGAUAAUAAUUAAAAAUGAUUGAAAUAAAAAAAUAUAUGGACGCACUUAUUUACACAAAAACUCUUAUUACUAUAUUGUUAUUAUUAUUAUUAUUAUUAUUGGACAGUGCGAUACUAUUGCACGGCAUGUUUUACGUGAAUGCCUUUCUCGAAGUGAACCUCAUUCGAUGUUAAACUUAAAAGUUUUAAAACUUGUUAAUUAAAUGAUAAAUGUGAAUUGUAAAAGAUGGAUAAAAAAUAAAAUAAUAAUUACUAUAAUUACUCAAGCGUACGCCGGUGUGUGAAUUUAAUCGCGAUGAGUGGCGCAUACGUAAUUAGAAUUGUGUCAUCGUAAUUAGGAUAUAAAUUGUACUACACUAUCAAAUGACUAAAGAAAUAUAUAUGUAUAUAUAUAUAUAUAUAUAUAUAUAUAUAUAUAUAUAUAUAUAUAUUAUUAUUAUAAAUCUUGGAAUGUGCAAAAAAGUAAAAUAAAAAUCACGACGAAUUAAACGAGAAAAAUUUAAGUAUAUUUUCUGAGCUCCGAUGUAGCCCACGUAUCCGCGCUAUGAAUCUAAAUGAAUAAAUAAAUAAAACAAAUAUAUCCACGGUAAAGGCUUGUCCUACCUGUAAAUAGACAUAUAUAUUUUUAUGAAUGCGACAAGGCAGAUACGCGUAGAUUGUAAUAACGACUUCGACGACCGUCAGUUUAGUCCUUACCCUCGCAAAUCGAUUUAAAAUAAUGAAAUUAUAUUUAAAUAAUUUAAAAAAACGAUCUAUCUACACGAAAUUUGUAAGCUGCAUUUUUACCAUUACUUUUUUUUUCUCCGUAUUUUAUUAUUAUGAUUAUUAUAAUUGUGAUUUGUUUUUAAAUAUUAUUAAAAUUCAAAUACUAAAUUAUUUAUUAAUAUUGUUAGAUGACAUUGAUUUAAAAUUAUAAGAAAUGUUUUCUUUUUUUUUUUUUGUAAACCGGCCUACGGUAUUAUUUAUCUACGCAUGAGAUAAAACACAUGUCACUCUACUAAAUGUACUUGAUGAAAAAGAAUAACUAUCAUGUUUGGUUCAUAAACUGUUCUAUUUCGUUCAA